UUCCGGAACACCGAUUUUAGAUUCAGGCGGAGGAGAAAGGGAGGAGGAAGAAGCAGAUCGGUCAACGAUGCCGCCGUUGCCAGCCUGGUUCAAGGGUUUUCGUGAUGAAAUGCUUAGGGACUGUUCAAUCCCUGGAAUAGAUGACUGGGAUUGACUCUUUGGGGAAGAUAUGCUCUCAGCCGUGUCAUCAUCAUCACGAAAGAGGUAUUCCGGUUUCUGGGUGGCAUUUACGGUCUCAUACAUGUCCUCAACGACAUUUCGCAUCUCUUCCACGACCAGCGGAACUUUGUACGACCCGAAAAAUACGCCAGACUUGCCCUCUUCAUGACUGCGGAUGCGCCUUUUACUGCGAAUGGUUUGAAUGGCAGCAUUUAUGAGGUAAAGAAUUGAUGCAAUUGGCACGAAUAUACAUAAAAACACGUAGAGGGGUAGUCCAGUGAGGAAGGACAUGCUCCGCGCAAUCAUCCAUCUACGGAAUGGCGCAGACUCUUUCUGGCUUUUGACAGUGAUAUAUCGAUGCGGAUUCACAAUAACAGGCGAGUAAUCCUGCAAGUAGUUUAUCUGGUAUUUGUCCAGUUCCAUAAAUGGGUCUGUUUUCGAUAUUCCCGUUGUAUAGAACACAGCGGCCUUAUCAUUGACGAUGUUCGCGUAAAGACUUCGGUGUUUGAACUUUGCCAGACCCAUCAUGAAUAUACUGCCUGGGGUCGCAAGAACGCUGAGCAGCGGUUUGCCAGUGUCCCGGAACGAAUCGAUCAUGAAGAGCUGCCGGCCAGACGCCGAGAUUGUCCUGGCUCCAAGCACGUUCCAAAAGUGGUUUUUUCUUGCUGGGCUUCUUACUCCCACAUGGGGAGUUGCAAAGGUUGUAAAAUUGACAGGUUGGAUCUUAUCGAAGUAUCCCUUGGCAUACAGAAGUCCAAUCGCAUAUCGAGCUACCAAACCGCCCAAAGAGUAGCCAACAAUGCUCAGUUUCUGGAUAUCGUAGUCUUGGUCAUAUAAAGUUUCCAAGGCCUCUUCGAUCUCGUGGGCUACACGCUCCCCACCCAGCUCAAUACCAUCGUAGGUGAGUGAUCCAGUGUUGCGCUUCACAGCCAGGAUGUAAAGUUUGUCUGCAUGUUUCUCUCGUAAGGCACCCGCGAUAUAGUCGAGGUGGGAAGGAUUACCAUGUAGCCUAAACAAUCAGUGGUCAACUCAUCAGUUCCAAGGCAGUUUUGUUAAAAUUAGCAAAGGGUUUAAAACAAUCAGGUAGCGGUUCGUACUGUGAGCUCCGUUGGUAAAUAAAUGGCGGCAAACUUACCCGUGAACUAGGACGCAAAUAUGAUUUGCAUGCUUCUUGCCGGCGGGAGGGUAAGCUCGAACUUCUGCGUCUUCUUUCAUGGUGCUGGAAUCAAAUUAGCCACCAGAACGUGGGGAGUUCAACCGCAAAGAGGAGGGAAAGUUGGAGGUCGACAUGGGACGUGGGGUGUUUGUCUCUCUUGUGCCGUUACUACUACCCUAUCGCGGUAUCGCGUUGCCUUGUAAUUCCGCCGCUUGUUUGCCGAGCGCUUAGUUAGUUAAGUUACCAGCAAGAGCUCACUUGGCGCCAAACCUUCCACCUCACCUCAACACCGUGCUCAAGGCCCUUGACCUGACGACUUUGCUUCGAACGGCUCUUCUCACCUCUUACUACUAGCCAGCGAACUGCAGGUACAGGCAGUGCGUGUGCAUGGAUGCCCACAACCUUGCCACUUCAGGAAGCCAAUAACUCAGCUGGGCAUGAACUCCGUAACGAAGCGCAAAGGACGAGAUGUCAACCGGAUCUUUAAUCCUUUUAUAUUGACGGCCCCGUGCAAGUUUCCCCGCUGGCAAGAGUCCUUACAUUAUACACUAUUUAUUCGAAGGAAAAUCACUAGGCAUCUCAGCUUCAUCGCAUCUUAUGCUGGCGACGUGGCGGCACUGAUUGGAGCUUCAUCUUGAGCUUCGAUAUCGGUCACAUCGUCACCAUUUUAUUAUUUAACACGUCGACAACCGCCAGUUCUAGCAUUUUGCCCGGCCAUUUCAUGAACUAGGCCGAGUUGCUGGAUCGCCAAGAACGCGCGCCAACCGGGCAACCGCAGCUUUUGUCUCAUUGCUGCAUACCAGCCUCGAAGUAUCUAUCGAGAACAAAAUAAUAGCCUUUGGUCUAGAUUACUGUGACGGCUUUAUUGAUGAUCCCUUCGGCUGGUUUCAACUACUGCUCAAACAAUGCCAUAGUUGGGAGGUAAAGAAACACAACGUCUAACUUCAGAAGUGGGAUAUUUUAUCCGUCUUUUUUGUAGGCGGAAAGCUUUCCAGCAAAGCUGAGAGUUUUGAUCUGAGAUUCUAGCUGUAAAAGCAGUACAGGGAAAGACAAAACAUGAUGUUUAAUCAUCUGGGUCUUUUUAAAAAUGUCCUUUGUCCCGAGGGCGACCGUUGUGGGCUUUUAAACUGCAUUUUUAGUCAUACAAACAAAGAAUGCAUCCCUAGAUCCGUCGUUCCCCCACCUCUUUCAACUCCCGUAUCCGAUGCCGUUUCUCCUGCUGCUUCUAUGGACGAUGAACCUCUUCGGAAAAGAAGACGAAUUGAGGGCGCCCCCGAGACUAGAAUUCCCAAUGGCAAGGAGCAGGAACAAAUAUCUAAAAGUAGAGGAAACGGAGUCGUAAAAGAAUUGCACGAGAACCCAAAUCGUCCUUCUCAUGGAAAUUCUCAGAAUUUGAUAUCUGUCACCAGAACUGUUUCUGCUCCUACUGUUUCUCGUCGGGUCACUGCGAGCACUGCGGGAAGGCUGCCUAGAUCGACGCCUUCUAAUACAGCAAAACAAAAUGGAGACACCCAUCCCCAAAGACAAAUAAAGAAGGAACCACUAAACCCGAGGCACAUUGCUAGACCUCCAGCAUCACACACAGUUCGUAUGUCAAUCCUAACCAAGCUUCACGAUGCGAUGGUCCAGCUCAAUCAGGAGGUUAUCAAAAAAAAUGAUUCGUCCAAGCAGGCUCUUAUUCUCUCUGCUGAUGAGCUCGUGGCGAUGGCCCUUGAUGAAGAGGAGGAAGCCGCAAAGGAGCAUUCUUCGGUAUACGCCAAUGUGAUAAAACUCCGCAUUGCGAAGCUUAGAAAGAUGGCCAGAGACGAGUGGGAAAAUAACGUGUCAACGUAUAUUGUCGCUAAAUUCGGUCUGCCAGCAGGGAAUAAAAAGCCAGAAGAGCCGGAUGGGGAAAUAUCAACAGGAUUAAACAACGAAGAAGAAAUAUCUCUCCUUUCGAAACUCCAUGCGUCCCGAGAACAUUUAGACAAAGCUGGAUAUGUCACCGCCGCUCCUACGAAUGACGAGAUCGAAGUGGCAAAGCGCGGCGCUGAGGCGGCUCAAGGAUGGGAGCAAUGCGAGCGCUGCAAUGGCAGGUUCCAAGUCUUCCCAGGUCGAAGGGAGGAUGGGCUUUUAGCCACGGGAGGGCCCUGCACCUACCAUCACUCGAGGCCACUUCGACCACUAAAGAAAAAAACAGACCAAAUCACUGGUCACAAGGAAUCUUACUAUCCAUGUUGCAACGAAACAAUCGGGACAUCUUCUGGUUGUACGAAAGCUAAAUGGCAUGUCUUCAAAGUGUCGGAAGUUAAACGGUUAGCUGCAGUGCUGCAGUUCAAAGAAACACCCAGACAGUCCAAUAAACCCACAUUACCUCCAGUCUGUUUCGACUGCGAGAUGGGCUAUACCACCCUAGGCCUUGAACUCAUCCGUCUCACAGCCAUCUCAUGGCCAGAAGGGAAGACCCUCCUGGACAUUUUAGUAAAACCAAUCGGGGAAAUCCUCGACCUAAACUCCCGCUAUUCUGGUGUCCGCCCGGAACACUUCAUCAAUGCCAGCCCACAUGAUGCCUCCUCCUCGACCGCUUCGCCCACUGUGGCUACAAGUCCCACUAUACAACCAGAUUCACAGCAAACGCCACAACCAUCCUCUGACGAAAAGAACGCCUCCCAAUCACAGGCACUCCGCGUCGUCGACUCCCCUAGCACCGCCCGCGACCUCCUCUUCCAACUACUCCAACCGGAAACUCCUCUAAUCGGCCACGCACUCGAAAACGACCUCAACGCAUGCCGCAUCAUCCACCCAACAAUCGUCGACACCGCGCUCCUCUACCCGCACCCAGGCGGCCUGCCAUACCGCUUUGGCCUACGGGCGCUCACCCGCAAAUUCCUGAAUCGACAUAUACAGGCAGGUGGCGGCGAGAUGGGGCAUGACUCCCUGGAAGAUGCGAAGGCGACGGGAGAUUUGGUUAGGCUUAAGAUUCGGGAGACGUGGAGGGCGUUGCAGAGGGUUGGCUAUUCUUUUGAGAAGGGAAGGUUGGUGGCUCCUCUGGGGGGAGGGGUGAAGGAUGGCGUUGCGACGGGCCAGGAGAAAGGAUCUGGUAUAUUGAGUGGUGGUAGUGGUGGUAGUGGUGUUUUGGGUCGUGGGGCGGGGACGAAAAGGAAAGAAGGCGAGGAAGGGGUGGCUAUCCCUGGAAAUCAGAUGUAAAAUCUCUUCCUCCCGCCCUUUUUUUCUACAACAUUUUCAACAAUAGAUAGAUGGCCUGAGAUUUAUAUUUCUAGUCUGGUUUCGGCUGAAUUUUGCCAUUGUUUUUAAAUCGACAUGCCAUCUUUCUCGUCUCUCCCUCCUAGAUUUACAACUUCAACAUCAUGUUCUGUUUACCUUUUAUUACUAAAAACCCUUAUUCCUGUGCGAGACAGAACACCCAUCCGCACAUGUUAUCGGGCUUGGUGCGUUGUACGCACCACGACUCCACCUUCCAACACGCUGGAUGCGAGAUUGACCUCACUACGAUCAAUUUACAGAAGUACGCACAGUAUUAAAUGGAGAGCGGAACACAUUCGGAAAUGUUCUAUGAAACCAUAGCGCGGGGAAUAUAGUUUUUAUGAUUUCCUGAAAAUCUCACGGAGAAUCCCUAUCAUCAUCGAUCAUCUAACUGAGGGGAUAAAGCUAAUGAAAAAAAAAUGAUGUAGAGAAUCAUCGUAGACAUUCCAUCAAAAUAAAAUAAAAUAAUCCCUGCGUUAAAUCACAUCCUUUCCUUUUUCAAAUUUUAGGUCCCUCAAAUCUAAUCCUCAUCCUCAUCCGCCUCGUCGCCGACAACGUUGUAGAACCGGAGCUCAUAGACACCCUUGGCAGUGGAGACGACGCGCAGCCAGUCGCGGAGCUGCUGCUUCUUGAG